GCCUGGCGGACCCUGCUGGUGCUGUAAUCAUUGAUCAUCGAAGAUGCCCUCACAUUCUACCUUGGAUUCCUUGGAUACAAAUAGAUUCUGAGCUGCUUUUCCCAGCAAAAGAGAAAGAUGUGGAAAGCCUCUACAGGCCACACUGUGUCCAUCAUCCAGGAUGAUGGGGGAGCAGAUGACUGGGAGACUGACCCUGAUUUUGUGAACGAUGUAAGUGAAAAGGAACAGAGAUGGGGUACCAAAACCGUGCAGGUGGGGCACCAGGAACACAUCAACAUUCACAAGCUUCGAGAGAACGUCUUCCAAGAACACCAGACGCUCAAUGAAAAGGAGCUAGAAACUGGACCCAAGGCCUCCCACGGCUAUGGCGGGAAGUUCGGUGUGGAGCAGGAUAAGAUGGACAGAUCAGCUGUGGGCCAUGAGUACCAGUCAAAGCUUUCCAAGCAUUGCUCACAAGUGGACUCAGUCCGAGGCUUCGGAGGCAAGUUCGGUGUCCAGAUGGACAGGGUGGAUCAGUCUGCUGUAGGUUUUGAAUACCAGGGGAAGACAGAGAAGCUCGCCUCCCAGAAAGACUACUCUAGUGGCUUCGGUGGCAAAUACGGUGUGCAAGCUGACCGUGUAGACAAGAGUGCUGUGGGCUUUGACUACCAGGGCAAGACGGAGAAGCAUGAGUCACAGAAAGAUUACUCCAAAGGUUUUGGUGGCAAAUACGGGAUUGACAAGGACAAGGUGGAUAAAAGCCCUGUGGGCUUUGAGUAUCAAGGCAAGACAGAGAAGCAUGAAUCCCAGAAUGACUAUGUAAAAGGCUUUGGAGGAAAGUUUGGUGUGCAGACAGACAGACAGGACAAGUGUGCCCUAGGCGAGGACCAUCAGGAGAAGCUGCAGCUGCAUGAAUCCCAGAAAGACUAUGCCAAAGGAUUUGGCGGGAAGUAUGGGGUGCAGAAGGAUCAGAUGAACAAGAACGCAUCCACCUUUGAAGAAGUGGUCCAGGUGCCGCCUGCCUAUCAGAAGACUGUCCCCAUUGAGGCUGUAACCAGCAAAACCAGUAAUAUCCGUGCUAACUUUGAAAACCUGGCAAAGGAGAGAGAGCAGGAAGACAGGCUGAAGGCAGAAGCCGAGAGAGCUCAGUGGAUGGCCAAAGAAAGGCAGGAGCAGGAGGAGGCGCGAAGAAAGCUGGAAGAGCAAGCCAGAGCCAAGAAACAGACACCCCCUGCAUCAUCCCCUAGUCCUCAGCCACCUGAAGACAGAUCAUCCUCUAGCCCCAUCUAUGACGAUGCAGCUCCGUUCAAGGCCGAGCCGAGCUACCAGGGUAGUGAGCCUGAGCCUGAUUACAGCACUGAGCCUGUAGGCGUUCCUGAGGCGGGCACCCAGCAAAGCCUACACUACAGGUCAGAGCCUGUGUACGAGUUCACAGAUGCUCCUGGCCACUACCAAGCAGAGGAUGACACCUUAGAUGGAUAUGAGAGUGACCUGGGUAUCACAGCCAUCGCCCCGUAUGACUCCCAGGCUGCUGGCGAUGAUGAGAUCUUCUUUGAUCCUGAUGACAUCAUCACCAACAUAGAAAUGAUUGACAAUGUCUGGUGGCGUGGGGUGUGCGGGGUGUGCAAGGGCAGAUACGGGCUCUUCCCGGCUAACUAUGUGGAGCUGCGGCAGUAG